AUGUCUACCUUUGCCCUCUUCAACUCUUUCCCCCCCGAAAUCCACAGUAUAAUCCUCGAACAAUGUCCCCCAAACGACCGUACCUGUCUCAGACUCACGUGUAAAUACCUCUAUACUCUCUCACCCCCCGAAUACCCCGUUUCCCUCGACUAUUCCCCUACCCCCGAAGUCUUCUGCUCAAAACCUGAAGUAUCGCAUAUUUCCCCUGGUGUUCACAAACCGUGGCGCUUUCCCAUCCGCAAAUGUGGAUUAGGAGCACAACUAUGCCAUGAUCGUUCCCUCCACUACAUAAACAUUCUCCGCGCGGCGGAAAAUCUUCCCCCUCUAACAAGAAAAAAAUGUCAAGAUCAUUAUUGGGGUGAUCACUGUGAAUGUUUCUCUCGCUCGAAGAUGCUGCAUAAACAAUUGCAGAAAUGGAUGCCGAAGGAUAUGAAAUAUUGUGGUACACAUGGCCGCAAGAAACAAUAUAAUCGCAAUUCUCAUAUCAAAUCGAAUCUGUGGACAAAUCAUAAGGGACGCGGUGGUUAUUAUCAUAAGUUGUGGAAGAAAGAAGAAAAUGGUUCAAGUAAAGUUUAUUUUUCUCUUUCUUCAUACUCCUCCUUCCUCUUCCCUACUUCCUCUCCCAACCACCAUCCCCUAACAACUUCCAAGCAACUCCGCCUUCGACAAACAUGGGAAGCUCGUCUCCGUCUCGGCAAGCGAGACUCCAAUCCGCUAAAUCUACGGAAAGAAUAA